CUUCCGGUUUCCAUCUGCUGGCUGCAGCGGAGAAACCGGCAGCUCCGCCGAUUGUUGGGAGGGAGGGGCACGGAAGUGGGGGGGGAGUCCGCGCCCCCUUCCUUCCAGGGGCCCCCAAAACCCCCUCUGGGGGGCUGGCCCGCCCCCGCAGGAUGAACCGGCCGAAGCCCGCGGCCGCGCGCCGCCCCAGCGCGGUUGCCAAACCCUCCGGCCACCCUCCUCCGGGAGACUUCAUCGCUUUGGGCUCCAAAGGCCAGGUGGGAGAAUCCAAGACAGCCGCCACCUUGCUCAAGCCAACAUCCUCCGGGUUGCCCUCCGAGCGGAAGCGCGAGGCGGCGUCAUCCGCCUUGUCCAGCACCUCCGGACUGGCCAAACGGCCCAAACUUUCCUCCACGCCCCCUCUUAGUGCUCUGGGACGCUUGGCUGAGGCUGCCGUGGCUGAGAAGCGAGCCAUUUCGCCUUCCAUCAAAGAGCCAUCGGUCAUUCCUAUCGAAGUGGCCCCCAACGCUCUGCUGGAUGAGAUUGAGGCUGCCGAAGUCGAAGGCAAUGAUGACCGCAUCGAAGGGGUGUUGUGCGGAGCUGUGAAGCAGCUGAAAAUGAACCGGGCCAAGCCUGACAUCACCCUUUACCUGACCUUGAUGUACCUGGCGAAAAUCAAGCCAAAUAUCUUCGCCACCGAAGGAGUGAUUGAGGCGCUGUGCAGCCUUCUCCGCCGUGAUGCCUCCAUCAACUUCAAAGCCAAAGGGAACAGUCUGGUGUCUGUCUUGGCCUGUAACCUUCUCAUGGCGGCUUAUGAGGAAGAUGAAAACUGGCCUGAGAUUUUUGUCAAGGUUUACAUGGAGGAUUCGCUGGGGGAACGGAUCUGGGUGGACAGCCCCCACUGCAAGACCUUUGUGGAAAACAUUCAGACGGCUUUCGGCACAAAGAUGCCCCCGAAGAGUAUUUUGUCCCAUGGAGAGGUUGGACGCGGCGGAGGGGACCUCAGUGCUGGAAACAGCCCACAUCCUUCUGUUCCAGAGGAAGAAGACAGUCAGAGCGAAUUACUGAUCGCUGAGGACAAAAUGAGUCCUGAGCAGGAGGCCCACCUGAUGCCCAGGUAUGACGACCUGGCAGAGAGUGUGGAGGAAUACGUCCUGGACAUGUUGCGGGACCAGCUCAACAGGCGCCAGCCGAUGGACAACGUCUCCCGGAAUCUCUUGCGCCUGCUGACCGCUACCUGCGGCUACAAAGAGAUCCGGCAGAUGGCUGUGCAGAGGCUGGAAAUGUGGCUGCAGAACCCCAAGCUCACUCGACCAGCCCAGGACUUACUCAUGUCUGUCUGCAUGAACUGCAACACCCACAGCGCCGAGGAUGUGGAGGUGGUCUCCAACCUCAUCAAGAUCCGCCUGAAGCCCAAAGUCCUCCUCAAUCACUACAUGCUCUGCGUGAGGGAGCUGCUGAAUGCUCACCGGGACAACUUGGGCACGGUGGUGAAAUCGGUGAUUUUCAACGAAUUGUCCAAUGCGAGAAACCCCAACAAUAUGCAGAUUCUGUACACGGUCCUUCAGCACAGCCCGGAGCUAGCGCCCAAGUUCCUGGCGUUGGUCUUCCAAGAUUUACUGACCAACAAAGACGACUAUCUGAGAGCUUCCCGGGCUCUCUUGCGGGAGAUCAUCAAGCAGACCAAGCACGAGAUCAACUUCCAGGCCUUCUGCUUGGGACUCAUGCAGGAGCGGAAGGAGCUGCAAUAUGCCGAAAUGGAAUUCAAGGACCGCUUUGUCAUCCACAUCACAGACCUGCUGGCCGUCUCCAUGAUGCUCAGCAUCACCGCCCAGGUGAAGGAAGCCGGCGUGGCCUGGGACAAAGGGGAGAAGAAAAAUUUGGAAGGGCUGCGGGCUUUCCAGAACCAGAUCGCAGCCAUCCAGCGGGACGCUGUCUGGUGGUUGCACACAGUGGUGCCCUCGAUCACCAAGCUGGCUCCCAAGGAAUACAUACACUGCCUCCACAAAGUCCUGUUCACUGAGCAACCCGAGACCUACUACAAAUGGGACAAUUGGCCCCCCGAGAGCGACCGCAACUUCUUCCUCCGCCUCUGCUCCGAAGUGCCGAUCCUGGAGGACACACUCAUGCGCAUCCUGGUCAUUGGCCUAUCGAGGGACCUUCCCCUCGGCCCCGCCGACGCCAUGGAGCUGGCUGACCACCUCGUCAAACGGGCAGCCGCCGUGCAGGCAGACGAUCUCGAAGUCUUGAGGGUGGAGAGAAUUCAGCUGAUCGAUGCCGUCUUGAACCUUUGCACCUACCACCAUCCUGAGAACAUCCAGCUGCCUCUGGGGUACCAGCCUCCAAAUCUGGCAAUUUCAACCCUGUACUGGAAGGCUUGGCCUCUGCUGCUCGUGGUUGCGGCAUUCAAUCCGGAAAACAUCGGUCUCACGGCUUGGGAGGAUUACCCCACGCUGAAGAUGCUCAUGGAGAUGGUGAUGACUAACAACUACUCCUACCCUCCCUGCACUCUGACCGACGAGGAGACCCGCACGGAGAUGAUCAGCCGCGAACUGCAGACCUCCCAGCGGGAGAAGCAGGAGAUCCUGGCCUUUGAGGGUCACCUGGCCGCAGCCUCCACCAAGCAGACCAUCACCGAGAGCAGCAGCCUCUUGCUCUCCCAGCUGACCAGCCUGGAUCCCCAAUGUUUCUCCUUCCACAGAGGGCCUCCUCGCAGGCCGCCUCAGCCUGUCCUGGAUCAGGUGAAAAGCCUCAACCAGUCCCUGCGCCUGGGGCACCUUUUGUGUCGCAGCAGGCACCCCGACUUCCUGCUCAACAUCAUCCAGAGGCAGGCUUCUUCGCAGUCUAUGCCAUGGCUGGCAGACCUCGUCCAGUCCAGCGAAGGCUCGCUGGACGUCCUCCCGGUCCAGUGCCUCUGCGAGUUCCUUCUGCAUGACGCGGCUGAUGAGUCGGCUUCCGGAGAGGAGGAAGAGGAAGGAGAAAGCAAAGAGCAGCGGGCCAAGAAACGGCAGAGGCAGCAGAAGCAGAGGCAGUUGCUCGGCCGUCUGCAGGACAUGCUCCUGGGACCCACGGCGGAUGAGCAGACCACAUGUGAGGUGCUGGACUACUUCCUGAGGCGCCUCAGCUCAUCCCAGGUGGCCUCGCGGGUCCUGGCCAUGAAGGGUCUGUCCUUGGUGCUUUCGGAAGGAGCCCUCCAUGAGAAGGAAGAGAAAGUACACCCCAUGGAGGAAGAUUCCUGGGACUUUGAGCUGCUUCAGAGCUACCAGUGGCUUCUGCGAGACCUCCCCAAGCUGCCCUUGUUCGACAGCGUCCGGACCACCACAGCUGUGGCUUUGCAGCAGGCCAUCCACAUGGAGACAGACCCUCAGACCAUCAGCGCUUACCUGGUGUAUCUUUCCCAGCACGCUCCAGUGGAGGAACAAGGCCAACACAACGAUUUGGCUUUGGACGUGGCCAGGUUGAUCGUGGAGCGAUCCACCAUUAUGUCUCACCUCUUCUCGAAGCUCUCCUACUGCUCGGAAUCCGACUCCGUGUUGGUGGCUCUGCUCUCCAUCUUCUUGUGCUACAUCAAACGCAUGCGCCAGACCAAAGAAGGCGACGAGGUUUACAACUGGUCAGAGUCCCAAGACCAAGUCUUCCUUCGCUGGAGCGGUGGAGAAACCGCCACCAUGCACAUCCUGGUAGUCCACGCCAUGGUGAUUCUGCUCACCCUCGGACCCCCUCAAGCGGACGGUGGCAAUUUCUACACCCUGCUGGACAUUUGGUUCCCCGCGAAGAAGCUUCUCCCCACAGCUUUCCUGGUGGACACCUCCGAAGAGGCCCUGCUUCUCCCCGAUUGGCUGAAGCUGCGCAUGAUCCGCUCAGAGGUGCCCCGGUUGGUGGAUGCAGCUUUGCAAGACCUGGAACCUCAGCAGCUGCUGCUGUUCGUCCAGUCCUUCGGCAUCCCGGUUUCCAGCAUGAGCAAACUCCUGCAGUAUCUGGACCAAACCGUCUCUCACGACCCUCAGACGCUGGAGCAGAAUAUCAUGGACAAGAAUUACAUGGCCCACCUUGUGGAGGUGCAGCAUGAAAGAGGAGCUACGGGCGGGCAGACCUUCCACUCCCUCCUCACCGCCUCCCUGCCGUCUCACCAAGAGAGCGAUGAUGCCCCACGCAUCAAAUCCAGCCUUGAGGUUCCUCAAGGGCAAGGAAGGAGCCGAGCUUUAGCCCAGUUCCCUGUUGUCAAUCCCGAGGCCGACUUGGCGGGUAUCCUCCUCCAGUUGUUCCCACUGGCUCCGGACCCCCGCUGGCAGAACUCGAACCCGCGGCCCCUUGCCCUGGCUUUGCAGCAGACCCUGGGUCAGGAGCUGGCACAUUUGCGCCAAGGAGGCGGCUCGCCAUCGCCCAAGACAGCAGCCCGGCUUCUGAAGGCUCUGGCGGCCCUCUUGAACUCGCCCCACGGAGGAGCCCUGGUGAUGGCCAUGCACCGCAACCAUGUCAUGGCUUGCCCGCUUGUGCGCCUGCUGUGGCAGCACCAGCGCCAUGCUCCCCAAGACGAGGCCUUCUCCUCGCUGUUUUUCAAAGUCCCCAUGCAGAUGUUGCAGUGGCUGGAGAGUCCCGGGGUGGAAGACGGCCUUCUACGGAGCCAGCUCAAGGCCUUGGUGGUUCAGUUUUCCUCCCAGCACAGAAUCAGCGAUGCCCAAGCAGGGUUCUUGCACCUGGCCGAUGCGCUGGCCUUCUGCCACAACUCUGAAGUGAUCGGCUCCACCGUCCGUGCCAUCGUGGCCACCUUGAAGUCCAGCAAAACAUGGAACGUGGUACCAGAGCUUGUCAGCAAAGUCCUCGAAGGCCUGACCAAAACGCGCUCACCGUAUCUGGAGGAGUUGUUGGUGACCCUCUUCUCCGUUGCCACGGAAAUGAUGCCCCAUUUCCCUGCCUCUGGGCCCAUCUCGGUGGUGACCUCCUUGUUGCUGCAGUGCAGAGAGGAAGGCCUAAUUAAGAAAGAAGCAGAGAGCUCCAGUGUCGAAAGCGCCUCUGGUCUCUUCAUCGACUGGCUGGAGUUGCUGGAUCCAGAAAUCGUCAGCAGCUGCCCUGAUCUUCAGCAGAAAUUGCUGUUCUCCUUGGAUAAGAAUCAAGAUUCUUCUGAAUCGGAGCCGCCCUCCUUCCGUCCGUACCUUCUGGCCCUCCUUACUCACCAGUCCAGCUGGUCCACCCUUCACUGUUGCAUCAGGACUCUGCUUUGCCGAAAGCAAGAGGGCAGUUUUGACCCAGCAGCUUCCUUGGAUUUCUUGUGGGCCUGCAUUCACAUGCCCCGGAUCUGGCAAGGGAGAGACCAAAGGAUCCCGCAGAAACGCCGAGAAGAGUUUAUCCUCCGUCUGAAGACCUCUGAGCUGCUGAGCUUGGUGGACCUCAUCCUGGCGGAAUCAGAAAACAGAACCCCAGACCCCAAAGGCACCAGCUGCUUGGUCACCCAGUCUCGGCUGCCACUUCUCCUCAGCUGCUGCCAUGGAAACGUGCAGAGGAUCCAAAAGGUCACCGGAUACCUAAUCUCGUCCAUCCAGAAGUGGGGAAAGAGCUCAAUGGGAAAACAUGGCCAGGAUCUCCUCCUACAAAUGUACCUUCAGCUACCGGAGCUCUUGGUUCCAGUGCCCGAGGCUCUGCUCUCCUGCGAAGGAGCCACUGACAGCAGCCCCUGCAAGCUGGACAGCCUGAUCCACCGGUUCAUCACCCUCCUUGCAGACGCCGGCGAUGUGAAGAUGAACGAAGGCCGGCUCUGGGACGCCAAUAUGGCAUGUCGGAAGCUGGCCGUGGCUCACCCCCUCCUGCUGCUCAGGCACCUGCCAAUGAUCGCUGCUCUGCUGCAUGGCCGGAUCCACCUCAAUUUCCAGGAAUUCCGUCAGCAGAAGCAUCUGGCCUUCUUCCUCCAUGUCCUGGGCAUUCUGGAGCUCCUGCAGCCGCAAGUUUUCCAGAGCGAGCACCAGGGGGCGCUAUGGGACUGUCUCCUUUCCUUCAUUCAGUUGCUUCUGAGCUACCGGAAGUCUUCUCGCCACCUCGCCUGCUUCAUCACCAAAUUCGUGCAGUUCAUUCACAAGUACAUCACCUCCAACGCCCCGGCCGCCGUCUCCUUCCUGCAGAAGCACUCCGAUCCCCUCCAUGACCUUUCCUCGGACAACAGUGACCUGGCCAUGCUGAAAUCUCUCCUGGCCGGUCUCAGUUUGCCCAGUCGGGCCGGUGCUUCAGAUUGGGGAGCUGAAGAUGAAAAGAACGAUGAGGCUGCGGCCGGAUCUUUGCCCCUGGUCAGCGUCUCCCUUUUCACGCCUCUCACCCCCGCAGAAAUGGCCCCCUACAUGAAGAGUCUCUCCAGGGGCCAGAACGUCGAGGAUAUCUUGGAGGUGCUGACCGACAUUGAUGAGAUGGCUCGGCGGAGGCCGGAAAUCCUCGCUUUCUUUUCUACUCACUUGCAGAAACUGAUGAACUCCGAAGAGGAGGUCUGCCGGAAUCUGGCUUUCAGCCUCGCUCUGCGCUCCAUUCAGCAUAAUCCCAGCAUUGCAGCGGAUUUCCUGCCCACCUUCAUGUACUGCCUCGGCAGCUGCGACUUCGAAGUCGUUCAGACAGCCCUGAGAAAUCUGCCUGAGUACACCCUUCUCUGCCAAGAACACGCGGCAGCCCUGUUGCAGAGGGCCUUCCUGGUGGGGAUGUACGGGCAGGUGGACACCAGCACCCAGAUCUCAGAAGCCUUGAAGGUUUUGCACAUGGAGGCCAUGAUGUGAGCGGUGAAGAUGGGGACCUUGUCUGAGAUGGCUGGCUAGCAGCUCUUGAGAAGAGAAGAAUUUUGUGGAGAAGACCAAAAUCUACCUGCUGGAACAUUUCCAGCCGAAGAAAAGACUUGAAGGAUCCUAGGAUUUAUUCCAUUCUGGAUCCCAGUUGGAUGGAGAAGGAAGAUGUUUCUCCAUCCUCAUGGUUCUUCAUCUGUGGGCACAGGCAGAGCAGAAGGAAUAAUCCUGUCUUGAGGGAGUGGAGCUAAAAAAAAAAAUAGGGCGCUUCAUUAAACUCUUCCUGGGGAUCAAAUUCCAUCCCAUAGAACAGGGGUAUCCAACCUUGGCAACUUGUUGGGACUUCAACUUCCAGAAUUCCCCAGCCAGCUAUGGGAAUUCUGGGAAUUGAAGUCCACAGAUCUUAAAAGUUGCCAAGGUUGGACACGUCUGCUGUAGAGUAUCCAAACAUCUCUUGAGCAACGAUCCAGUCAUUCUUCUUACCCUUUUUAAAUUAAAACUUUCUUUUUCGUGUACUUUCCAAAUAUACAACUCUUCCUUUGGA